UUUUUUCUUUUUAUUUUGUUUUUUUUUUUGAAGAAUUUAUUUACAAAUUCAGAUCUUAAAAUCAUUAAAUGCCUAAAUCUGCAAAAAAACGUAAACUUGAAGGUGAAAGUCCAAGUGGAUCGGAAUCUAGCAGUGCAAAUGGAUCUAGUUUGUCUGAGAAAGAUAAAGUGUCUGGAAAUGAAGUAGAAACUGAUGAUAAAUUUGUUCAUGUAACUGACAAAACGACAAAAACGCCUAAGAAUGUUGAACUCUCAUCUGAUGGGACUUUGGCAUUUUCUUCGCUAGAGAGUGGAUUCCCUGGAUGUUGGGGCUUGGAGUAUUCCAUUCCAAGUAUUGGCUACAACUUCGUUGUUCCAUUUGAUGAUAAUUAUAUGGUUUUUACGGCACCUUCUGGAGGAUGGAAAGGGAAGGAAUUCGAAGUAACUUAUCGUCGGAAGCCUCCUGUUGCUGAUGUAGCGCCUGUAUAUAUGCCUUUAUUGGAUGAUGUGAAAACGUAUUGUUUUUUCAUCAAAAUUAAUAAUGUUACUACAUGCGUUACACGAAUUCACAAAUCAUAUUUUGCUACUUUCCGUCACCUCGCGCACAAGAAUUUUAACUUGGAAAAUAAACGACUUAUUUAUUCUGAUGAUAAGUCUUACUUUCUAGCAACUGUCGUAUAUAUAAAUGAUCAUUGGGACUUUAUCUUGUUCAAAGCAGAUACCGAUGUUAAAGGUGAUGGACCUCCAAUUUCUCACUCCAUUAGGGCAGGUGAUGAAAUUAGGCUCUACGGUCGUGGGAAGAAUGGAUCAAUUCUUGGUCCUCAAGAAGGAAUUAUUCAUUCAUAUGAAGAGAUUUUUGGAGAGAAAGGCGAAUACGCAAAACUUUUGACUGGAACUAUUCAAACUAACGAUGGCGAUAGUGGUGGCGCAGUUUUUGACUCAAAAGGAUUGUUAGCGAUGAAUGUAGGGCGAACUUUUUUUCCUGAUCACCCUCAAAGUAUUGCUACAAAUAAGGCUGCUUAUUUCAAUCCAUUUAACUUUAUGGUGUUGGCAUCGAGUAUGAUUUCUGUUGUAAACGUAUGA